UUUGACGACAGCCUCGAAGAGAACUGCAGACACCAGAAGAACCACUUUUGGUCUCCAUACUUUCAAAAGAUCAAACCCUGCCGAAUCCAAGAGCUCCGCAAACUGCUGUUUAGUUCUAUCAAGUGAAGAAAAGGACGCCAUCAUGUUGAAAUCUGCCUGCGCUGAUAACAGCGAAACAUUUGUGUCUGGAAUCGAAUUCUCGUUGAGGAAGAGAAUGGAGUCCUUGGACAUGACGUUUCGAAUGUGUUCUAGGAUGAUCUUCGCUUGAUUAUUUGGCCAGUCGUGUAGCACUGUGCGGAGAUAAUAAGCUUUCGCAUUCUUGAGCAGAGGCGGUUGUGGAUCAAAGAAGUUAUGGCCGACAGCUUCGAUGCCAUCACGCGAAAGAGCGUCAGCAACGACGAUGGGUAGAUCCUCCACAAUCAGUCUCCCCUUCAAGUUCGGGAAACGGUCUUUGAAAGCAACCACAUCAUGACCAACACCACCUCCAAUAUCAACGAGUAGGAUGUCAUCGGGCGACUGAACGGUGAGCUUUUCCUCUACAGGGUAAAAGUCAAACCAUUCCUCGCCGCGGCCUUUUCGGGAUAUGGUCAUCAAGAUGUUGAAUGCAUCUUGUAUCUUUGGUCGUUUAGCCAUCCAAUCGAAGUAAUGAUAUUCGGUUCGAUGGGCGUAUUGCCACGGGCCGUCGAAGGCAUUUUCUGGACUCAAAUAUCCCUUUUCAGCAAAGUACUCCGGGAGUAAUGCUAUCGAAGGUAUUAACAGCAGCUUCUAGUGGAGAUGGCUGGACAAAAGCGGCUGCCAAUGGGUUCGCGACGUAUGUGUCCUUUGCCGUCUCCCGGAAUAUUCUCAUCGCUGCAAGCAUUCUCAUAACACGCCCUGUCAUGCUCGUCAGAGACAGACCAGUAGGAGAAAGCUACAAGACCGUAACAUACACACGAGUUCGCGGUCGAUGGAAACUCCAUUCGCUAAUUGAUCGAUAG